AUGCGCAGGUACCGCGAGUGCUGGGGGUGUCCGUAGCGCUAACUCCUUAGUCUCCUCAACCCCCGCCCACGCCAUCUUGCACCCCCCCAUGCCCCCCGCCACACUGCCGAGUCACCUUUUGCCUUUCUACACUCCACAUUCCCUGCCCCCCACCCCGCCCCUUUCCAAGCGUGUCCCGGGCCGCAGCAGCAGAAACCGCAUCAUCACCCCCACAUUCUCCACGCUGGAAGCGCAGCCGUGCCUACAAGGGUUCUUAAAGCAGAGAUGAAUAAUACUGCAGCUAGUCCAAUGGCUUCUGCAACUUCAAGCGGUGGAAGGAGUACGGGGAAGUCUGUAAGCUUUGCAGCAGAGUUACAGAGUAUGAUGUAUUCUUUGGGCGAUGCUAGAAGGCCUCUUCAUGAAACAGCAGUUUUGGUUGAAGAUGUGGUACACACUCAGUUAAUUAAUCUGUUACAGCAAGCUGCUGAAGUUUCUCAGCUGCGUGGAGCAAGAGUAAUCACUCCUGAAGAUCUUCUGUUUUUGAUGCGCAAAGAUAAGAAAAAACUUAGAAGAUUGCUAAAAUACAUGUUUAUCCGAGACUACAAAUCAAAGAUUGUCAAAGGCAUCGAUGAGGAUGAUCUUCUCGAAGACAAAUUGAGUGGCAGCAACAAUGCAAACAAAAGACAAAAAAUUGCUCAGGACUUCCUCAACUCUAUUGACCAGACAGGAGAACUUUUAGCAAUGUUUGAAGAUGACGAAAUUGAUGAAGUUAAACAAGAAAGAAUGGAGAGAGCAGAAAGACAAACUCGAAUUAUGGAUUCAGCUCAAUAUGCAGAAUUCUGUGAAAGUCGACAGUUAAGUUUCUCCAAAAAAGCUUCCAAAUUCCGAGACUGGUUGGACUGCAGCAGUAUGGAGAUAAAACCCAAUGUCGUCGCUAUGGAAAUUUUAGCAUAUUUAGCGUAUGAAACUGUGGCACAGUUAGUGGAUCUGGCUCUUCUUGUGAGGCAAGACAUGGUAACUAAGGCAGGGGACCCCUUCAGCCAUGCCAUUUCUGCAACCUUCAUUCAGUAUCACAACUCUGCUGAGAGCACUGCAGCCUGUGGUGUUGAGGCUCACAGCAAUGCCAUCCAGCCCUGCCACAUCAGAGAGGCCAUUCGACGCUACAGCCACAAGAUUGGCCCACUUUCCCCAUUCACAAAUGCCUACCGCAGGAAUGGGAUGGCCUUUCUAGCCUGCUGAUGUGACAACCGUGAUGUGCCUGCAGCAACAGGAAAGGCGAUGUUAUAUUAAGGUGAUUUCUUGAAAACAAAAUAAAAUACAAAUUUACCUUUCUCCCCACCGAGGGAGUGGGCUGGUUUGUUGUGACUAUCAACUUGCUGACUCCUGCUCUUUUCCAGCCCCCUCAACCAUCAGUCUUGUUUACUAGAUGUGCUGUUCAGCUAAUUAAUGGCAGGAUGUUUGGGAUAGGGUGUAGGUGGACAAGAAUGCAGAUCCCACAAUUCUGAAAUUUUCAUUUCAGUGGAUUUACUGCCCUCAGCUCACAUAUCUUAAAAGUAGUGGUUGUCCCCCCACUCCAGUGUUUUGUCUGUAUUUUAUCUGCUACAUUUUACGAUUUAAGUUUAGAACAAGGAAACAGAAGGACAGUGAGUUUUCACCUUCCCUUACACCGCCAACUUGACUUUCCAACAUUUGUGGACUACGUGUGUUUCAGUGACAGCUAUCCACUUGAUAAACUUACAGGAGUCGGGUAUCUAACAGACCUGAUAAAUCACCUGUUCCCAUCCCCUCUCCCCUUCACUCCACUUACCGUAUGAGUCAUUUUCAGUGCCUUCUUCCCAACUCCUGCCAUCCGCCUUUUAUGUGUGUUUUUCCUCACACAGAACGUCUUACCCCAUCUUUGUUCCCCUCCUUUUCCUGUUCCUCCAAUCCCCAGACCUACUACUCCUGCACGUUUCAUACACAUUUAGAAGCCACGUAUUCAGAAUUAGUAGAAGGAGAACAGAGUCAUUUCUUGCUUCCCCUCUUCAAAGCACUACCACACCUAGACUGGAAAUGUGGGCUUGGUAAUUUCUUGCUGUUAGCAGCUGAGCUACCCUUCUGGCUUCUAUACUUUUUCCAGUAUGAGGAAUCGUAAUUCUUUGGAACAAACCAAAAUACAGCAGAUGUAAUCGUGCAGUUCCUGAUUAAUUUUACUUUUAUCAUGGUUUUUACACAUACUUGAAACAGUCUUUGUAAAGAAUAAAAACAGAAAUGA